GUCUGUGUGGCGCGCUCCGCAGUUCAGAAAAAUGGACAAUAAAAUAGCCGGAGGGAUGGGGACCAUCAGUACUACCAUCGCUGAUUCCACCGAUGGAAGAGUGGGUGGCAUUACUGAAGCUGGGUAUAUUGAUCCGAAAUUAUCCAACGAGUCACAGUCUCUGACCUGCCUGUCCUCCGUGCGUAAUUUUGAAAACGCUGGCACACCUUUCCAUGGUUUAAACUCAAGCGGCGAAAGUGCAGUUUUCAAAGACUGUGCCAUACUCGAUGGUCCUGUCGCUGGGAAACAGUUUUAUGACUGUAGCAGUGAGUAUCUGAAGUGUGACACUGUGCCGUGGGAAGAUUUUCCAAAAGUUCAAAGGACGAAUGUGGCCGAAAGUUUAACAACAACUAGAGCGUUUAAAUUCAUCAAAGAUGAAGAGGAGCCGUCUGUGAUUAUGGACACGCGCUGUGCCAACUUUGAUCCAGCGGCGGAGAUACCUGCUCUGGACACCUGCUGUGAUAUCGACAGGAAGCAGCAGCUGGGACUCAGCGAGGGAGAGUCGACCAGCUUUCCCCCGGCCGCCACGGCUCCCCGCCCAGGGCUGGAGGGAUCUCCAAACUUUCUGAUCGACCUAAACCAGCCCGAGCAGCUGCAGGCGCUGACCCAGGUGAGGACUGACUCAAGGUGCGGGUUGUCCGGGAAGGCUGUCAUCAACUUUAAUGCCAACGCGCACGCAGCCCAGCAAAUGGCCAUGUACAAGAGCGAGGUUCCCCGUUGGCAGGUGCAGCCGGCUGAGUCCCAGUACUGGUCCCAGUGCGCAGGAGCGACCAAGGACCCGUUCGCACAUAGCGGCUAUGAUGGGAUCCAGAAUCAGGCCCUGAUCCAGAGAAACCAAUCACCUUUCUCCGCAUUCCCUGGUAUGCCACCUCAGAGACUGUGUGUGAUCUGUGGCGAUGAGGCCUCUGGUUGCCACUAUGGAGUCCUGACCUGCGGGAGCUGUAAAGUCUUUUUUAAAAGAGCUGUUGAAGGCCAUCAUAGCUAUCUUUGCGCUGGGCGAAAUGACUGCAUUGUGGACAAAAUUCGGAGGAAAAAUUGCCCCGCAUGUCGCCUGCGAAAGUGCUAUCAAGCGGGGAUGAUGCUUGGAGGCAGGAAGCUGAAGCGCUUUGGGGCCUUGAAAGCCUUGGGUAUGGCCCCGUCCCUGAUGUUCCAGUCCCACUUGGCCAUGUCCGGCGACAAUCAGGCCUUGACAUCUAUGUCUUGCAUACCAGGAAUCCGUGAGGUGCAAUUCUCCCAAACCAUCAUCAAUAUCCUGGAAAACAUCGAACCAGAGAUCGUGUACUCUGGUCAUGACAGCACCCAGUCUGAUGCUCCGCACAUCCUGCUAAACAGCCUCAACAGGCUGUGUGAGAAACAGCUGCUGUGGAUCGUCAAGUGGUCCAAGUCUCUGCCAGGGUUUCGUAAUCUUCACAUCAAUGAUCAGAUGACCCUUAUCCAGUACUCGUGGAUGAACCUGAUGGUGUUCUCUCUCGGCUGGCGAUCCUUUCAGAAUGUCACCAGUGAAUAUUUAUACUUUGCACCUGAUCUGGUUCUUAGUCAGGAGCAAAUGAGGAGAUCUCCAAUUUAUGACCUCUGCCUGGCGAUACAGUUCAUCCCUCAGGAGUUUGCGAACCUCCAAGUCACCCGCGAGGAGUUUCUCUGCAUGAAAGCCAUAAUAUUACUCAACACAGUGCCUCUCGAGGGACUCAAAAGUCAGGCCAUAUUUGAAGAGAUGAGACAAAACUACGUCCGGGAGCUGACCAAGGUGAUCCACAUGAAGGAGAAGGGCUUGGUGGCCAGCUCGCAGCGAUUCUACCACCUCACCAAACUCAUGGAUGCCAUGCAUGAAAUAGUGAAAAAGGUCAACCUGUUCUGUCUGAGCACCUACAUCCAGGCAGACGCCAUGAAAGUGGAGUUUCCAGAGAUGAUGUCGGAGGUCAUUGCCUCCCAGCUUCCCAAGGUCCUGGCAGGAAUGGUGAGGCCCCUCAUAUUCCACGCCAAAUGAUGAUGCCAGCUCAGACAUCGAAAAUCUGCGGAGACAUCUUUUGACUGGAUUAUUCACAACACAAUUACUGGAUUCUUUCUAGCUUUCACUAUCGUAGUCAGUCAUCUGUGCUUUUCCAAAGUGGAAGAAUG